GUGCGUGGAGUGCAGAAACAACUCGUCCGGCCUUCCCUUCAAAGGGUCUGUGGAGUUCCGUAGAACCAUGAGAUCCUCCUUUCGUCGGAGGAAUGGCGGCGGCGGCGAGCGACCAGGAAACAAUGCAAAAACAAACCGAAGAAAUUGAAGCUCUGUCAGCUAUUUAUGGUGAUGAAUGGUGCACUGUUGAUGAAGAUGAGAAAAUUUUUUGCAUUAAAAUUAGUGAUUGCUCAGCACAGCCAAAGUGGACUCUCAAUUUGCAGGUGAUUCUGCCUCCUGACUAUCCAACUUCAGCACCACCUAUUUAUCAACUUAAUGCUCCUUGGAUUUUACAAAAGGAGUAUGCAGAACUGGCAAAUCAUCUAGAAGUAAUCUAUGUACAGAACCUUGGUGAAAGCAUUCUUUAUUUGUGGGUGGAGAAGAUACGCGAGGUUUUGAUAGAAAAAUCCCAGUCAUCAGAAUCGGUAGGCCCAGAUAAUAAAAAAAUUACAGAAGAAACAGAUGUGGAUUAUGAAGAAGAAUUUGCACUGGAAUAUCAACCUCUUCCAGAUUGUACAGCUAUGAUGUUGAAUUUUGAUCUGUCUGAAAAAAAAGAUGAAGAGUUACCUCCAAUCUAUCAUGGGAACCCAAUUACAGACCGAAGAAGCACAUUUCAGGCACAUUUAGCACCUGUUGUGUGCCUCAAACAGGUGAAAAAUAUUCUUGCUGAGUUGUACAAAAAUAAGAAAAUAGCCAGUGCUACUCACAACAUAUAUGCUUACAGGAUAUACUGUGAAGACAAGCAGACUUUUUUACAAGAUUGUGAAGAUGAUGGUGAAACAGCAGCUGGGGGUCGUCUUCUCCAUCUUAUGCAGAUCCUCAAUGUCCACAAUGUUUUGGUGGUGGUGUCUCGCUGGUAUGGUGGUAUCCUUCUAGGACCAGAUCGUUUCAAACACAUCAACAAUUGUGCCAGAAAUAUACUUGUGGAGCAGAAUUACACUAAUAUAUCUCAAAAUUCAUCUAAGCCUCUUGGAAAGAACAAAAGAACGAGAAAAGACAAGAAGAAAGCAGAACAUUGAUGUAUUGUGCAGAAUUACAUAGCUGUAUUUCAUCUUUUGACUGUCAGUGACUCUCUGUGACUUAAUAUUCUAAACUUUUGUUCCAAAAGUGUGCAAACACUUUGCAAUAAUAACAUUUUUUUUCGUAAGAAAAUCCAGCAAUUACAGCAGUGGCAGUAGACCCAGAAAACACCUUCAAUUUGUUCACUGUUUCAACUGCUCAAAAAUUAAAGUCUUUCAAUAUAAAAGCUUCCUUCUGAAUUUAGUCUUUGAUUUGUUAAAAAA